CUGUUGGUUGCAGGCCCAUCCGCGGCAUGUCGGCGGUGGUGGUGGGCGCGGGCCCGGCGCACGCGUGCUUCUUCGCCACCUACGAGCACAGCAAGCAGACGCUCGCGCACCUCACCAGGCAUCGCCACGAACAUCUCACACAUGGUUUGUCCGGCUGCCUGGCCUCGCUCGUGCACGACGCCGUCUCCAACCCCGCUGAAGUGGUGAAGCAGCGGCUGCAGAUGCUGAACUCGCCGUACCGCGGCGUGUGGGAGUGCGCGCGCCACGUGUACCGCGCCGAGGGCCUGCGCGCCUUCUACCGCUCCUACGCCACGCAGGUCGCCAUGAACGUGCCCUUCCAGGCGCUGCACUUCGUGACGUACGAGUGGUGCCAGGCGGCGCUGAACCCGGCGCGCGCGUACGACCCGGUGGCCCACGCGCUCAGCGGCGCCUGCGCGGGCGCGCUCGCCGCCGCCUCCACCACGCCGCUCGACGUCUGCAAGACCGUGCUCAACACGCAGGAGGCGGCGGCGCGCGCGGACGGGCUGCUGGAGGCGGCGUCGGCGGUGCUGCGCGCGACGGGCCCGCUGGGCUUCUUCAAGGGCGUGCAGGCGCGCGUGCUGUACCAGAUGCCCGCCGCCGCCAUCUGCUGGCUCACCUACGAGACCAUCAAGCACGCGCUCGCCAAGAUCGAGCCGCCGCCCGCCGGUAGUGCCGCGCCCGGUAGUGCAGCCGCCAGUAGUGCCGCGCCGCCGCUGGCCUGCGCCGCGCUGCGACUGGCCGCCGCCGCGCCCGACCCGCGACAUCCUGCGCCGCUCACGCGUACCUAAGGCGGCGCGAGGGUCGAUCUUGAACGUCCACUAAAUUCCUGUACAUAGCCACCGACGCGCAGUGUUGCCAA